UCCCAACCCGCCUCUCCUGGGCUCCGAACCGACCUCGACCCACCGCGCCCCGGGCUGCGGGCCACGGUCCCGGCCGGGGCCCUCUGGACACCGGAGCCCGAGCCCCGAGCGAGCAUUCAAAGGCGUCCGGGGAGCUGUACCCAGGCCCGGGCCCCGGGUUCUGCCAAGCCGGCCGGAGCUCCGGAGAAGCCGCUGCAGACAGGCUCCUGAGUUCCGUGCCAUGAGGGCUCUCUGGGCCGUCUCCCUGGCCGUGGCUGCAGGCCUGGCCUCCGCCAGGCCCCCUAACAUUGUGCUGAUCUUUGCUGAUGACCUCGGCUAUGGGGACCUGGGCUCCUACGGGCACCCUAGCUCCACCACCCCCAACCUGGACCAGAUGGCUGCCGGAGGGCUGCGGUUCACAGAUUUCUACGUCCCCGCGUCUCUGUGCACACCGUCCCGGGCUGCCCUCCUGACCGGCCGGCUACCUGUUCGGAUGGGCAUGUACCCAGGCGUCCUGGGGCCCAGCUCCCAGGGCGGCCUGCCCCUCGAGGAGGUGACUCUGGCCGAGGUCUUGGCUGCCCAAGGCUACCUUACAGGGAUGGCCGGCAAGUGGCACCUUGGAGUGGGGCCAGACGGGGCCUUUCUGCCCCCUCAUCAGGGUUUCCACCGCUUCCUGGGCAUUCCAUAUUCCCACGACCAGGGUCCCUGUCAGAACCUGACCUGCUUCCCACCAGACACCCCGUGCCAUGGCAGCUGUGACCAGGACCUAGUGGCCAUCCCCCUGCUGGCCAACCUGUCUGUGGAGGCGCAGCCCCCCUGGCUGCCAGGACUAGAGGCCCGCUAUGUGGCUUUCUCCCGAGACCUGAUGUCUGAUGCUCAGCGCCAGGGCCGCCCGUUCUUCCUGUACUACGCCUCCCACCACACGCACUACCCUCAGUUCAGUGGGCGCAGCUUCACAGGCCACUCGGGCCGAGGGCCGUUUGGAGACGCCUUGAUGGAGCUGGAUGCAGCUGUGGGGGCCCUGAUGACAACCCUAGGGGACUUGGGGCUACUUGGAGAGACGCUGCUCAUCUUUACCGCAGACAAUGGGCCUGAGACAAUGCGCAUGUCCCGUGGCGGCUGCUCUGGCCUUCUGAAAUGUGGAAAGGGAACGACCUUCGAGGGUGGUGUCCGAGAGCCCGCCUUGGCCUUCUGGCCUGGCCAUAUUACUCCUGGUGUGACCCAUGAGCUGGCCAGCUCCCUGGACCUGCUGCCCACUGUGGCAGCCUUGACUGGAGCUUCGCUGCCCAAUGUUACCUUGGAUGGUGUUGACCUCAGCCCUCUGCUGCUAGGCACAGGCAAGAGUCCUCGGCACUCUCUCUUCUUCUAUCCGGCCUACCCAGAUGAGGUGCGUGGUGUCUUUGCUAUCCGGAGCGGGAAAUACAAGGCUCACUUCUUCACCCAGGGCUCUGCCCACAGCGACACUACCCCGGACCCUGCCUGCCACGCCACUAACCCUGUGACGGCUCAUGAGCCCCCCCUGCUCUAUGACUUGUCUGAGGACCCUGGUGAGAACUACAACCUCCUGGACGGUACAACUGAGGUUUCCACAGAGGCUCUGAUGGCAAUGAAGGACCUCCAGCUGCUCAAGGCCCAGUAUGAUGCAGCCAUGACCUUUGGCCCCAGCCAGAUGGCCCGGGGUGAGGACCCAGCCCUGCAGAUUUGCUGCAAGCCGGGCUGCCACCCCCAUCCAGCCUGCUGCCACUGCCCAAAUCACCGACCUUGAGGGCAACUGGCCAAGUCAUUGGAGAUUCCCCCCAAAGGCCAGUCCAGGGCCUCUGGCCCCAUCUUGGGUGUGUGAUAAUUCACCAUUAUGAGGGGACAGGGGCAAGGGUGUGCAGAUAGUUUGUAUCUAAUAAUGUAAUAACAGCAGCUGAGACUUGCAGGUGUGCUAAUUCAUCUAAUCUUGGAAACUGUAUGGUCAGUACUAUUCCCCGCUGUUACAAACAAGGAAGCGGAAGCACAGGAAAGUUCAAGGCCCUGCCCAAGGUCAUCCCACCAGAAAAGCUGUGCUGGGAUUUGGCAGUACAAAGGUCUGAACUCGGGCCCUUGAACUUGCGGAGAAGGCCUUCUACCACUUGAGCCAUGCCCCAAGCUGGGCUUAGACUUGAACCCAGGCAUUCUGGCUCCAGAAGUUGCCCUUACCUGGUGACUGAUGUGUGCACAUUGAGUCAAAGGAAAAAGAAGUGCCUUUAGAUGCUAGGAACCAGGAAGCUGGUGAGGGCAACUCAGUCCCCCAAGAGCUCGUCUCCCUGAUGGAAGCAUUCACAGGCUCUGGAGCUGCCCCCUUUGUUCUUCAUCAGAGAUCUAUGUGGAGUCAGGUGGUGGUGAUGUGCACAUUCCAGGUAGGGUGAAGGGGUUUGGGCCCUGCUAUCUCCUGGAAAGGCCUGUCAGCGAGUCCCAUGGAACCUCCUCACACCUACUUACCA